CUUCUGCUCAGUUCUCUGCCUUUUAGUUACUGUUAGUUUUUAUAUUGCCAUUUUCUUCAUAUUUGUGCUGCUUCAUUAAGCACUAAUGGCCUGGUUUUUUCCAUCUCGAAUUUGUAGAAGUCUGCUGCUUUUUUGUGGUUAUUUAACAUUUACUGGGGCUUUCAGUGAUGCCCUUGGCCAGAUCUUCUGCUUCACAGCGUUGUUUGUUUUCUAAUUAUUUCCUUCAGUUCACAGCUUGUUAUGCAAAACUCUUGCAAGCGGGUUGCUUCUUACACCCAGCUUCUCCGAGUAGCUUGACUAGACAUGUUGCGACUUUGCCUGUUCAGAGCCACAGAUCAGUUGACAGAGAUGGCUGUGUUUUGGAGCCUUUGUCGCCUGCAAGUCACAGUGGCUCCCUGGAAGUGGCGCCAUAUAAUCAGGCGGUGACUCCUACGAGUUCCUUCAACUUCAAAGGAAGGAGAAUGGGAGAGUCAAGUUGCAACAUUAAAACAUCAAGAGAGUUACUCAAGGUACUCAACCGAAUAUGGAGUCUUGAAGAACAUCAUGCUUCAAGCAUAUCAGUAGUGAAAGCCCUAAAAAUGGAACUGGACCUUUCUCGUGCCCGGGUUAAGGAGUUGCUACGAGAGAAGCAAAUGAAUAGGCAAGGGAUGGAGGAUCUGAUGAAGAGAGUAACGGAGGACAAGCUUGUUAGGAAGAACAUCAAAGAAUUUGACAAAAUUAAAGCUGCAUUUCAAUCAGUGAAGGAAGAGCUAGAAGAUGAGAGGAGGUUAAGAAAGCACUCAGAAAGCCUGCACAGGAAACUGGCUCGGGAGCUUUCUCAGAUGAAGUCGUCUUUUUCUGGUUCUUUGAGAGAGCUCGAAAGGGAGAGAGAAGCUCGGAUCCUGUUAGAGAAUUUGUGUGAUGAGUUUGCCAAAGGAAUUAGAGCCUACGAACAAGAGGUACGUUCCCUGAGGAGGUUGAAGUCUGAGAAGGGCCAGGUUGGCAGAGAUCAUAGCCUUGAUAAGCUAAUCCUUCAUAUUUCAGAAGCUUGGCUCGAUGAGCGUGCACAAAUGAAGCUGGCCAGAGUUGGGGGUGACUCUGAAGAGAGCAGUUCCAUUGUUGACAAGCUAGGUUUCGAUAUCGAGACAUUUCUUCAUGCGACCCGCUCGAUGGAUUGCAAAGAAUAUGGUAACUCCUUUCCAAAGGAGCUGAAGGAAAUCUACCCAUGUCAGCAUUCGUCGGAUUCCUUUCCACUAAAGGAGGCUACAAGCGCACCUCGGAAUAUGGCCGAGGAAGAUUCUAUUGGCGCCAAUUUUUCUGAUCUGAAAAUUGCAGAUGUCCGCCUAGAAGAUAGAGGAAUUGGAAGUUCAUCAACCAAACAAGUUCAGGCUGAGGAUUUCACCAGGUCCAGUCACUUCCAAGAAAACAUGUCACAUGACCCUGAAGUAUCAACUGCGUGUGAAGCAACACAAGGUCCACAAGAAAGCGAUAGGCUCCAGACAAGGAGAACGAGCUCGAGUCACCGGCUUGAUAAUGUGGUCGGGAACAGCUCUGUGUCGUCGGAAGGCGAUAAAGUACAUCCUGAGAGUAUUUGCAGGGAAGAUUCUCACGUGCAAUCUGUGGUAACAGGCAAUGGCAGCCCUGUAGAAGAGAGGAAAUCAAAAUUAAGUCUCUCUGAUUUGAACAAGUCUGAAUCUUUUUCGAAAUUGCCUAGGGGAGUGAAGGAAAACACGUUGAUGGCGAAACUUCUUGAAGCAAGGCUAGAGGCACAGAGAUCUCGUUCCAGAACCAGCAAAAGCUCUUUUAGAUCAACCAGAGAGAUUUCUGAUGAGAAGAUUGAAGUGUGAAUAGUUGCUAAGCAGCACAGAUCCUUGACAAUGGAGUUGUUUUAUCCCUUAUGAAUAUCUGAUAUUUGUAUUAGAGACGACCUGGUACAUCAAAUUAUACCUGAACCAUUUUGUUAUAUACAUGCAUGUCUAUAUCAUGCUCUGUUCCGUAUAUCUAUGUUCCUUAUGUGGCAA